AUGGAUGAUAAAAACAACGCAACAAAAACAACCAUAACUAUUACAGAUCAACUAAAUUCUCUUCGUUCAAUUUUACGAUCAGAUGAUUAUCUCCAAAUUCAACCAUCAGGAGAUUAUGAACAAGUUCGUAUUAAACUCGAUUAUGACAUACAAAUAAGUUUUCUUUUUGAUUCACUUAAUAUUUUAAAUAAAUCAUUAACUAUUAAUAAUGUACAUAACUUACGAAUAACAAAAUCGUCUAAUAAAUGUCAAUUAAAUAAUGAACAAUGGACAAAUAUUCGUAAAUAUUUUGAUGAACUUAUCCAAAAUCAAAAUGAAUCUUCUUCACUUCUAUCUAUUGUUCAAUCAAUUCAAGGUUAUUUAUUAAAAAAUAUAAUGGUAAAUCAAAAAUCCAAGCAAAAAACAAAAAAAAUAAUGGAAACUACAGCCGUUGAGGAUGUAUCAACAAUGUCAAAUACAUUUCGUGGUGCUGAUUUAAUAUUUAAUCGAAUCCUACAUGAUAAAUCAAUUGAUCGAUCACAAGUUAUAAUUGGUUAUGAAGAUCGUUUUACAGGCAUUCAUGAAAUUGCAUUUAAUGAAUUUAAGAAAGUGCAUGAGCAUGAAUAUGGUGUUCCAAUGCAUCGUAUUCGAUAUUUUAAAAUUAAUGGAUGUAUUGUGUGGGAUCGAACAAGAAAGUUAGAUAUAUUAACUGGUAGUGAACAACAAAAUGAAACAACUUAUGAUACAGAGGAAAGACCCAUUCUUGUACAAGGUCUCUAUCAUUUUGAUCAAUCUCUUCAACAAUGGAUUAUUCAAUAUCCACACAUAACAUUAACAUCAGAUAAUCCAAAAGUUCCAUCAACAAAUGAAACAUGUCUUCCUGAACGAUGUCAUAUUGUCACAUGGAAUAUUUUAUUCGAUUAUUAUCAACCAGCACUUAUAUAUACUUCUCAACGAUAUCGAUCAAUACUUGAUACACUUAAAUCACUUUUACCUGAUAUUAUUUGUUUACAAGAAGUAACUUAUAAUUUUCUUAAUCUUCUUUUAAAUGAAAUAUGGUUACAAGAAAAUAAUUAUUAUAUUAUUAUCAUGAAAAAUAUUAUUGAUAGUGAUAAAGAAAAAUCAUAUGGCCAAUUGAUGAUAAUGAAAAAUUUUCGACCUCGAUCAUUUUCUAUAUGUCCACUUGACCUAUCUGAUAAUGAUGGAGAAACAGCAGUAGCAACGACAGUAACAAAACAGAAAAUAACAAAAGAACUAAUAAUANUUAACAACUUACUCAAUGAUGAUUUCGCUUCAUUAAAUUUUUGUUCAUUGUCAAAUUGUCCAAUUGUCAUAUGUGGAUUAUAA